AUGCGUUAUGGCUUCCUGGCAACGUCCCCUGCAACCUGGCGACGGGAAGUGAUCGUUGCCUCCACAUGUGUCGGAGGAGACGUGUGGUUGUCUACACACUCCCCAGCCCGCGUGGGAAAUUGGCUAGUACACAGGGAACAGAAGAAAUACAUCGUGAUCGGCUAUGACCACCACACUGGCCACACUAGCGCGGUUAGCUUUGGCAGACGAGCGCGCCGGUUCAUUGUGGCACUUCAGUGCGUCUCUAAGCCCUCGCGCUCAACAGACUCCUUUCACGUGCUAAAGAGGGCGGCCGCUAGCGGAUACUUGGCAGGUGUAUCCCAAUCACCGCUUCUCGGCGAAGGCGCGGUCGUCAUGGCAACCGUGACGGCGUCGCCCGGGGAGACCAUGCCCAUCCGCUUAGCCGGCCUGGUCCUCUUCUUUUUCUCCCUCUCUCUGCCUUCGGCCCUCUUCCAGACGACCCCUGCGACCUUGACCUCUGACCCUGUGCCUGUUCUCUCUGCUGACUGUAAGAAAAGGGAACAUCCUAUCACGUCUUUUGCUGCUCUGAGUCCCUGGCUGACCAGUUUUUCUUUGUCUGGAGUAAGUGACUACUCUCAGCUGGCCCUUGACCUGACUCGGAACCAGCUGAUUGUUGGAGCUAGGAACCACCUCUUCAGACUGAGCCUCCAUAAUGUGUCUCUGCUCCAGGCCACAGAGUGGGGCGUGGAUGAAGACACCAGAAAGUCCUGUCAGAGCAAAGGAAAGACUGAGGACGAGUGUCAGAACUACGUCCGGGUCUUGCUCAUCAGCGGGAAGAGACUCUUCACGUGUGGAACCAACGCCUUCACCCCGGUCUGCACCACCCGCCUGAUCUCCAACCUCAGCAGGGUGCUGGACACCAUCAACGGCGUGGCCCGCUGUCCUUACGACCCCCGCCACAACUCCACCGCCAUGGUGACGGAGCGCGGGGAGCUCUACGCCGCCACUGUCAUCGAUUUUUCCGGUCGCGACCCCGUCAUUUACCGUAGCCUCGGGAACAUGCCCCCCCUUCGGACUGCCCAGUACAACUCCAAAUGGCUGAGCGAACCUCACUUUGUCUCGGCCUAUGAGGUCGGCCGUUUCACCUACUUCUUCCUGCGGGAGAACGCGGUGGAGCACGACUGCGGGAAGACGGUGUUUUCGCGAGUGGCGCGUGUGUGCAAGAACGACGUUGGUGGGCGCUUCCUGCUGGAGGACACCUGGACGACCUUCAUGAAAGCCCGCCUCAACUGCUCCCGCUCCGGAGAAAUCCCCUUCUACUACCACGAGCUCCAGAGCACCUUCUACCUGCCCGAGCAGGACCUCAUUUAUGGGGUCUUCACCACCAACGUGAACAGCAUCGCGGCGUCGGCCGUGUGCGCGUUCAACCUCAGCGCCAUCACUCAGGCCUUCAACGGACCUUUCCGCUACCAAGAGAACCCCCGCACCAGCUGGCUGUCCACACCCAACCCCAUCCCUAACUUUCAGUGCGGUACGGUCGGCGAUGGCGGUCCCGGCGGUAACCUGACGGAGCGCAGCCUGCAGGACGCCCAGCGCCUGUUCCUCAUGAGCGACGUGGUCCAACCCGUCUCCACCGAACCCCUGGUCAACCAGGACAACGUGCGCUUCUCCAAACUGGCCGUGGACAUCGUGCAGGGUCGAGAUACCCUCUACCACGUCAUGUACAUUGGCACAGAAUAUGGUACCAUCCUAAAGGUCCUCUCCACAACCAAUGAGAGCUUGCGUGGGUGUUACCUGGAGGAGAUGAAGCUCCUCCCUGAGGGUGAGCAGGAGCAGAUCCUGAACCUGCAGAUCCUUCAGAGUGACAGGUCUCUGUUUGUUGGACUGAGGAGCAGGGUACUGAAGAUUCCUCUGGAGAGAUGUUCCAACUACAGGACUCAACAGGACUGUUUGGAAGCUCGUGAUCCGUACUGUGGAUGGGACAGGAAGCGGCGGAGCUGCACCACCAUAGAAGAGAGUUCCAACAUGAGCCAGUGGAGCCAGAACAUCACCCAGUGCCCGGAGCGGAAUCUCACUCAAGACGGCGGCUUCGGGGCCUGGGCGCCGUGGCAACCCUGUAGCCAUGACGAUGGGGAGGGCAGCAGCGCCUGUCUGUGCCGGUCUCGUUCCUGCGACAGCCCGCCCCCACGGUGCGGGGGGGUCAAAUGCGUGGGCCCGACUAUAGAGGUGGCCAACUGCUCCAGGAACGGAGGCUGGACCCCCUGGUCAUCCUGGUCCCCCUGCAGCACGAGCUGCGGAAUCGGGUUUGAGGUGCGGCAGCGCUCCUGCGACAACCCUGCGCCCAGACACGGAGGACGAGUGUGUGUCGGCCAAGGACGAGAGGAGAGGUUAUGUAAUGAGAAGACGCCAUGUCCCAUGCCUGUAUCCUGGGUGUCGUGGAGCUCCUGGUCCAAAUGCAGCGCUGUGUGUGGGGGCGGGGUCCAAUCUCGAGUCAGGACCUGUGAGAACGGCAACACUUGCCCAGGCUGCCCCCUGGAGUAUAAGGCGUGUAACUUGGAAGCCUGCGCCGAGGUAAGGCGGAACACUCCGUGGACGCCCUGGUUUCCCGUGAACGUGACGCAGGGCGGGGCCAGGCAGGAGCAGAGGGUCCGCUACACGUGUCGAGCGCUUCUGCCCGACCCUCACGACCUGCAGCUGGGCAAACGCAAAGUCGAGACCCGCCUCUGCCCCGGAGACGGACCCGCUGCCUGUGAAACUGAUGAUCUAGUGGAAGACUUGUUGAGAGUUGGUCGACCUCCGACCCGUGUGCAAGGAGCCAGCUGGUCGUCAUGGGAGACGUGGUCGGCUUGCACAAAAGAGUGUUCCAAGGGUUUCCGCACCCGUAAACGCACGUGUGGUACCCCAGAGGGCAAGAGCACCCCAUUUGCCUGCAGUGGAUCGCCUGUGGAGUACCAAGACUGCAACCCCCAACCCUGCCCAGUGAAAGGGGCGUGGUCUUGCUGGUCCUCCUGGUCUCAGUGUUCAGCUUCCUGUGGAGGCGGGCACUACCAGCGCUCUCGCACAUGCUCAAACCCCAGUCCUGCCAACUCAGGUGACAUCUGCAUUGGCCUACACACAGAGGAGGCUCUCUGUAACACGCAAGAGUGUGAGGGUGGAUGGGGGACGUGGUCUCAGUGGGGAGAGUGUGACCAGGAAGGGCUCCAAUCGCGUAGCCGCAAGUGCGAGUUUAGCUCCGCCCCUUGCCCAGGCAAUGCCACGGAGCAAAGGGAGUGCCAUUCCGACGAGAGUCCAGUGGCUUUGCCAGGGCUGAAAAAGAAUCCAAACUGUGGAGGCUUUUCUCUGUUCCACCUGGUGUUGACGGGCGUGUGUUGUUUCGUUGGUGCGGUGGUGUUGUCUGUGCUGGUGUACGUGUAUCGUCAGCGCGUUCACAGACCCUCACAGGAGUCAGCUGUCAUCCACCCCAGCACCCCCAACCACCUGCACUACAAAGACAACAGCAGCACGCCAAAGAACGAGAAAUACACGCCGAUGGAGUUCAAGACUCUGAAUAAGAACAACCUGCUGCCAGACGAGGGCUGCAACUUCUUCCCCUCUCCUCUACAGCAGACCAACGUCUACGCCACCACCUACUACCCCACCCCUCUGGCCAAGUACGACUUUCCCAGCCUGGACUCCCCCUGCAGGAACUACAUGCACAGCUGA